AUGGCCUUCACAGUCGCGCAGCGCCAGCGCGCAAUCGGUCUUUACAAGCGCCUGCUUCGCACCUCACGCAAGACAUUCGAAGGUGAUGCAGUUGCCAUCACUGCCGCGAGAAAUGAGACACGCCAUCGCUUCAAGAUCGCUGCUCAGGAAACCGACGCCACCAAAAUUUACGAGGGCUUGAAGAUGGGCGACGAGAUCGUAUCUGUGCUUCGUCAGAACGUCGUGCAGGGCAAGUUCCGAGCGGACAAGAAUGCAUAUGAACUUCGCAUGACCAAGGAUACAGAACUCGGCAACAACGACAGCAUUAAAGAGGCAAGAGCCAAGCAGAUCGCAGACCUCAAAGCUGGCAAGAAGCCAGAACGUAGAAGCUGCCGCGAAGUAGCUGCCGAAUACCAGGCUGCAUCAAAUCCCUCGCCCUCUUCCAUGGCUACGUCCUCCUCAUCAGCAUUCAGCAAUGUCCGUGCUUUUUCCACCUACACUGCUCGUCCAACCUCCACCAUUCUUUCGCACGCCACCAGCUUCCAAUCUCAACCCAAAAACUUCUCGUCAUCUGCCGGCACAAAAUCUCGCGACCCAUCGGCAGUUGCUCAAUCUCCGCUUCCUCGACCUGUGCCGAAAUUUUCCUCUACAACCAUCCUUGCAGACGGCUCCUCGAUUCAGCUCGCAACCACUUCGCCACGCCGAUUGACACGAUUGACGCGAGACCCGACCAACCACCCAUUGUGGAAUCCUGCUCAAGAGCGAAAGAUCGGCGGGGAUGCAGGUGACGACAGUGGCCGUCUCGGCAGGUUUAGGAGAAGGUUCCAGGAAGCAGAGGCUGAAGCUGCUGCUGGAGAAAAGGCUGGUGCUAAGGCUGCUGAUAGUGGAGAUGUUAGGUUCGGUCAGGAGGACCUCGACUGGAUGAGUGUAGGUGGACGAGAGGCUCGUGCCGGUUCGCCGAUCGCUGCUAAGAAGGCUGUCAAGGGCAAGGGUCGCAAGUAA